AUGUCGCGCGUCGCCGCUCGCGCGCGCGUCGCACCCGCCUCGCGCGCGCGCGCGGAGACGACGACGACAUGCGCCAUUGAGCGCACGCGACGUGAGUGCGCCAUCGGCGUCGCAACCGCGCUCGCAUCGACCGUCGACGCGUCGCGAGCGAGAGGGACACAGUCGACGAGUUCGUCGACGACGACGACGCCGCGGGUGACGCGCGUCGUCGCGACGUGCGCGCCGGGAAUCGCGCCCGCGAGUGCGGUUAAAUCGCUCGAGCCCUUGGGGUUCGUCGCGGUGGAGGACGCGAGCGGGGCGACGAGCGCGGUGGCGCGCGACGCGAGCGGGAAGUUUAGCGUGGAGUUUCAGGCGAGCGACUCGAAGACGCCGAGCGCGUGCACAGCGCGUUUCGCGGGCGUGGUUUUGGGGUCGAGAAAUCCUGCUAAGGCGAGAAACGACGCGAUUCGACGGGGAGCCACGAGUGAUUCGAACGGGGAGUCUUGUCGAGGCGACGCGUAUCGCGGGUGCGUGGUUCGAGCGCCGGGCGGUGAAGGACUCGGCGCGAGAUUCGUCAAGGCGAGCGCGCCGACGUGGGACGAUCUGUCUGUUGUGCGCGUCGUCAUCGCCGCGAACGAUGUCGAGGACGUUGCUGGGCGAGUGUUGAAGGGGUUUGGACCGGAGGCGCGACGUUCCGUGGGGAAAUUCAAGGCACCCGGGAUCACUGAGUUCGCCGCCGAGGACGCGCGCACGAAAUCAGCGUCGGCGUUCGUCGCGUACCCGUUGACAUCGUCUUCAGCGAUCGAAAUCGAACCGGCGUUGCAAAGCGCGUCGACUUUCGCGGUCAAGGCGCUUCACCUCGAACUCAUGGAAGGGUGUGGAGUGGUGUAUCUGUAG